GGGUUUAAGAAUUUAUUCCGAAAUUUAUUCAUGGGAGCUCUUGUCCACCCUUAGCAACUGCUAAAAGGGACUUUUAAUUUACUGCUAAUUUACUGCUUAAAUUAGCAGUAAAUUAGCAGCACGACUCGACAGAUCAGCACGUAAGUAAAAAUAGCAGUAAAUUAGCAGGUGCUAAAUUUGCGAUUUCGCGUUUAGCAGUACGAAAAUGGAAAUUAGCAGUACGGAGGUACUUUUAGCAGUAAAUUACCUUCGAAGGUAUUGCAAACAUGCCAAAAGAAGAAUGGCCACUUGCAUGUGACCAUGCUGUAUUGUUAUACAACCGGAUUCCACAUCAAAAACACGACUUGAAGAAAAGUCCAUACGAAAUAAUGUAUGGUGUCAAGCCAGACAUGACUAAAGUCAAAGUUUUCGGCUGUGAAGUGUUUGAGCUCAUAUCUAAACAGAGCAACACAGGUUUGGGGCAAAAACUCAACCCAAGAGCAAAAGCUUUUAUGUAUGUUGGACACUCGGAGACCACAGUUGCUGAUUCUUAUAAACUGUAUGACAGAGGAAGCAAAACUGUCAAGACAGAAGCGUCAGUAAGUGCAUUGAAAAUGUGGAUGAAUACGGAAAAGUGCUGAGCAAGCACAACCAUUCAUAUGCACAUGACUUCUCAGUCAGAGAAACUCUGCCAGAAGAUUUCACGACAGCAAAAAUGGGUCAACGCAAUUGCUGAUAAAGGUAAAGCCAAUCACAGGAAAAUCUCGAUGGAUAU